GAUAAGCUGGAUUGACCAAGUUGGUGGCGCAGAUGUGCUAAGAUCGGGACUAUAGGGGUGGUACACACUUCCAGGUCUCUUUAUUGGUUUUGUUCCGGGACAGAACCUUGGCCCUUAGCCUGCUGCUCGUGUUCUCUGGGUUACAGGUGUCGGUUCAUCAAUAUCGAUAUAGCAUUCCUUAAUUAAGCCUUCUUUCGUAGCCCAGCGGGUAGCGCCAUGACCGCCUGCAAGAUGACGCUGAGCCUUAGAAACGUGCUUGCCAGCAAGGCCAUCAUGCAGAAUUCAUCCUUUUACUUGGUCACCAAGUGUUCAGCAGGCAUGCAGGCAUGCAGGCCUAAAACAGCUCGGACGCAUGCACGCCUUGUCGCCGAUACCGCCGCGUCCACGGACGUUGACGUCUCGACCUUCAUAGGGCCUCGCAUGGAUACCCAACGUACGUUAGAUUUAAACACCGAUACGCCGGAAUUGUUCGAUGAUCGACAAGCAUUGGUCGGAGCUUCGCGCUGUAUUUUAUCUUCUCAUGACGCGUGACCGGAAAAGAAAAGGAGGCAGGCCUCGUAUGGAUUGGCUGGAUUGAGAUUUUGAGAUAAGCGAGAUCAGCAGUAGGAGACCGGGUUUCCAUGGCGGAUCUGAUCCGUUCUGUGAUGCUGCUUCUGCCAGCUCCCAGUCAUGUGUGCACAUCUCUCCACAUUCUCCUCAAACCACAUCCAAUCUAGCAGUUCUCACCCCCAUGAGCUUGACGCGUCUCUGCAACACGAUGCGACAGUCUCAUUGAGAUUGAUGAGAGAACCAGAGAGGU